AUGCCCGUCAUAUCCGAAAUGGCCAUGGGCGUUUGUGGUACGUGGUGCUUGGGGUCUAUCCUGGGAGUCACCGUAGGGUGUGACUCUGUUGCGAUUAUUCAUGCCCAUGAUCAGAAAUGUGCAAAUCUUGUCUCGCGAUGGGCUGCCGUCGGUUCACUGGACGCUGUGCUCGAGAUAUGCAUUCUGGUACUUGCGGUUGGGGUCAUUUCCACACUCCAAAUGACCUGGCACAGGAAAUUGCAAGCAUCGAUGUGUUUUCUUUUGAGGCUACCAAUCAUCGUACUCAUAGGACUCAACAUCAAAUACGUCGUCCGGUUCAACUCGGCCUCAAACGCCGGUAUGGCACUUGUGAGUCCGGUCCUUUUCCGCCAGGCCGAGCUGUUUUAUGCUCUUUUGUCUGCGGCCAUCCCGUCCCUAAAUCAAUACCUGCGCAAGUUCGACACAACUCAGGCGACAGUCUACGGAUAUCGAAGCAACGCCGAAGCGUCAAGAGGGAAUACAUAUCAACUUGAGUCCAUGUCCAAUGGCAGGAGCAGGAACAGGAGCAUCGUCGGCAAAAUGGUACCGCCAAACACUGGAAAAGGAGGUGAUGAUUACGACGCUGAAGCGAUGGGCAAGAGCACGAGCAUCCGCUUCAAUCCUACUGGGUACUCAAGCUAUCAAGCGCACGUCGAAGGUCCACCGAAUACUGGACAUCAGCAGGAUGGCAAUUCUACCGUGUCGCAGGAAGAUGUGUCUACCGGGAGAGCUGGUAGUGAAGAUCACAUUAUUCACAAGGAUGUGGUGUAUGAGGUGCGACAUGAGUAUUGA